AGGAGGCGAAAAAAGAAAAACCUGUGAAACGUGAAUGAUUUGAUUAUGUUAAUAAGUAAACGUACUCCAAAACUGUAAUACAAAAAUUAAAACAUAGGAAUUCGCAAGAUACUCUGAAUUCAAAGGUCAUAACAAGCAUCUAGUGAAAAACAAUGUGUCCUGCAAUUUUAAAAUUCAGCAGCGGUUUUGCUGAAAUAGAUCCUGUAGAUACUCCUGUGCUGAUUCUAGGGUCUAAAAAUCUUCUUUCGUCACUGAAUUACUCUGACGUAAAAUGUAAACUUUAUCCUAGAGUCACUGAUGAGGUAUUUUCCCUAGCUCUUGAAAAUAUAAAACCUUCUUCAAUGGAGUCUUACUCAUUGUUUUUAAACCAAGCUACAUUAGCUUGUCUUCCAAAGGCAUGUUCCAGACAUAACACUCCCUCCCAGGCACAUUCUAUUACAAAACUUGUCAAAAGUUUUAGUGUAGAAUCUGAUGAAUUCAUUGUGGUUGUUUGUGAGUUUAAGAAUGUAUUUGCCUCUGCUUGCGCCAUUGCCCGUGCUUUUCCUUUGUAUAACAGAAAAACAAAAAACACAACUUCACCAUACACGGUAACUGUUGAAUUUAUUAUUCCUAAUGCAGAAGGUGGAAGAAUUAGUUUGUCGAAGUCUGACUUGGAAUGCCUCACAACUGCUGCUGAAGGUGUGAGAUUAACUUCUAAAUUAGUUGACAUGCCAUGUAAUGAAAUGAACACAGAUAACUUCCUGGAGGAAAUAACAAUAAUUGGUGAGAAAUUAAACAUCAAGCCAGAAGUUAUCCGUGGUGAAGAUCUUGCAAAGAAAGGCUUUGGAGGUCUUUAUUCUGUGGGUAAAGCAGCUGAGCAUCCUCCAGCUUUGGUUGUAUUAAGUUAUAUUACAUCUAAUGCUGAAGAAAAUAUUGCCUGGGUUGGCAAAGGAAUUGUGUAUGAUACUGGAGGUCUUUCCAUUAAAUCAAAGAGCUCUAUGCCGGGUAUGAAACGAGAUUGUGGAGGUGCAGCUGCUAUUUUGGGUGCCUUUUACACUGCUGUAAAAUUGGGUUUCAAAGAAAAUCUUCAUGCAGUUUUUUGCCUUGCAGAGAACUCAGUUGGUCCAAAGUCAACAAGACCAGAUGAUAUAAUUACUUUGUACUCUGGAAAGACUGUAGAAGUAAAUAAUACAGAUGCAGAAGGAAGGCUAGUCUUAGGGGAUGGGGUUGCUUAUGCAGAGAAGGAUUUGAAUGCCACCAUUAUCCUGGAUAUGGCUACUCUAACUGGAGCCCAAGGUGUUGCAACUGGUCGCUUCCAUGCGGCUGUUCUGACCAACAGUGAAGGAUGGGAGAAAGCAGCAGUUAAAGCUGGUCAGAUUUCCGGAGAUUUAGUUCAUCCUCUGCCAUAUGCACCUGAAAUCCAUUUCAGUGAAUUUGGAAGUUCUGUUGCUGAUAUGAAAAACUCUGUUGCUGAUCGUGGUAAUGCUACUUGCUCUUGUGCGGGUUUGUUUAUUGGAGCUCAUAUAGGAUUUGAUUAUGAAGGCUACUGGAUUCACAUAGAUAUGGCCGCUCCAGUUCAUUGUGGUGACAGGGCUACCGGCUAUGGUGUGGCUCUACUAUCUACUUUAUUUGGUCAUGCAUCAGAAAAUUCAUUGCUACAAAUGCUAUCUCCACUAAUGGAAAUGGAUGGCAGUGAAAUGGAAAGUGCCAGCAAGAAACUUAGAUUGGAAUAGUCAAAACGGUUUUUGUUAUUAAUUACAUUGGCAAUGAAACAGUCAGAUUUGAGAAAAUCAUUUGACGCUAAUAUUUAUUACAGAUGAAAAGGAAGGUCCUUUACUUAUGAUGCAAUCAACUAAAAAAUUGUUCUAAAAAUUCCAGUUGCUGCAUUAGGACAAUGUGUUGAAAUAUUUCAUGGUGGGAAAUAAUUCUCAAAUGUUGAGUCAUAUUGUGGAUGCACACGAUUUUUAUACAUUCAUGUGUAUGGAUUUUUUUUUUAUUAAUUUAAGCUCUGUAUUUUAACCUUUGUUCUUUGAAAAUUAAAAAAUAUUUUUGCAAAAGGCAUUUC